CAACGAUCAUCGUAACUGCAAAUCCCAUAUGAUCCGCCGUUUUUUUUUCACGCGGAAAUAGCAGCGUUAUGGGCCUAAUUUCGGAUCCGCUUCUAUUCGCAAUUGCGUUGAUCGACACGGGUUCUGUUUUGUUUCUCCUCGUGUAUUAUAUUAUAACGUUAUCGGAUCUCGAGUGUGAUUAUUUGAAUGCGCAAGAAUGUUGUUCAAAAUUGAAUAUGGGAGUGUUGCCGAAAUUAAUAGCACAUACAUUUUUGGUAUUUCUUUUAAUAAUACAUGGACAAUUAAUAUUAACACUAAUGAACAUACCAAUGACGAUAUGGCUGUUUUAUGAAUAUUUUGGUGUUCCCAGUGGUAAUAUGGGUGUUUAUGAUCCUACAGAAAUUCACAAUCGCAGCCAAUUAAAAAGAUACACACGUGAUUGUAUGAUUCAUCUUGGAUAUUGUCUUGUAUUCUUUUUCAUUUAUCUUUAUUGCAUGAUUGUGGCGUUACUCAAGGGAGAUCCCAUCAAUAGAAACGACGACACUAUAGUAGAUUUAUAAAGACAUUAAGGCGUUAUUAUAAAUCUUUUUUAUAUUUUUUUUUAUUUUUUAUAUAUUUUUUUUUUUUAUGUUAUAUCUAUAUAAGAAUAUUUUAAUUCCAUUGUAUACAUAUUUAAUGCAUGGUACAUCACAUUCUCUAUAUAAUUCAAUAUUAUCCAAAUAAUGAUAUUGUUUAGCAGUUUUUCUUUUUUUAUCAUUGUUUAAAUAUCUAGGUGAAUAUAUUGCUCUUGAAUAUAAUUGUUAUAAUUUAUGGUUCUUAUUUAUUUCAGACUAGAAAUAGAUAACUUAAAAAUAAAUAUUUUUUAUUUUUAUCUAUUCUCUAACACUUGAUCUUUCCUCUGGUUUGAAGGCCUUAAAUUGUUAUGCUAAGUCUAAGUCUAUGAAAUAAAUAGGAACUAUAUAAAUAUCAAAUAAAUACCAAAUAUACCAGUGUAUCCAUCAUAUUACUGUUUGUUAUAACUUACAUGAGUAAGUUUCUAGUCGUAAAAACGUAAGCAGAAAUUUGUGUUAUAGCAAAGAUUGUGUUUAUAAUGAUAACAAUAUAAUUGUAAUAUUUUAA